AUGGCGCAGGUCCACCCUCUUCUAGCUACACUCUUGAGCGGCUGCAUCUUCAACUUGCUCGCCUUCCCAGAUAAGAUAACGGCGUUGCUCGGAGAGUUUCAUGGAAACUUCGACAAGCUCGAAGAUCUUGCCUUCAAGCGACUCGCUGAGUUGAAAUACAUGAACGCCUGCCUGAAAGAAGCAUUACGCAUCUAUCCACCAGUGCUCAUCGGUAGCCUUAGAGUGGUCCUCCCGGGCGGGCAACAGAUUCUGGGCAAAUGGGUGCCGCCCGAGACCCGCGUGUCCAUCUAUCACUGGUCGACAUACAAGUCCGAAGCCAACUUUAAGAACGCGGACACUUUCGCCACCGGAAGGUGGCUCAGAACGGAUCCAGCAAACGCCGGAGACGCCCUCGACGCUCAUCAGCCGUUUGGAUUCGGGCCUCGCAACUGA